AUGUGGGCAUUACUCGACCCCCUGAAGGUCUCUGGAACAGCAGUUUCAUCCAGUUUGGCAACUGGCCUGACCUGUCGCCCCGAGAAUGAGCCCGGCGAGACGACAGCUCCUGACAUGCUUGUUGCAGAUGUGUCCUUGGUUAAGAUGAUUGAGACUCUAAGCCAGAUCGCGGGAGCUCUCGGAGAGACGGACCUGGUUGAAACCUACAAGGAUCAGCACAUGGACCUCAAGGUCAAGUUCCGUGGCGGUUGGGUUCCAGACGACAUCUUAGCCAAUCACAAUCAGGCGGCAUACGCGCUCUCAGUUGGACACGAAAUAUACCAGAUGCAAAUGAUAGACUGUGAUGGUGUUUGUGAGCUCAGUGUCCAUAACCACUUCCAAGAUCUUGGUAUUCUCCUUCGGCUUGACUUCCUCUCCCUCGAUCAUGAACAGCGCGUCAUUGGUGCGUUUAGCAACGCGUGUGAAGUGGAUGACAGCCGUCUUGUCGCAUUUAAACGUCGCUCCACGGCGUCUCCCAUUAGUGCUCGGUCAAUGAUGGCCUGUGUGCCGUCCCUGUCAGCUCUUGUCGCUCAGAAGUGUAGUCCUUCACCACCAGCAACAGCUGUUUCCACACCAUCGCCGAGAGCCCGUCUUCCCCGGGCAUUUUCCACGCCUUGGCUUCCAUGA